AUGGCUUCCAAUGCGAGCUUGUUGGCCGUGAUCAUGGCGUGCACCAUCCUCGGCGGCCACACGUGCCACGGCGCACGCCACCUGGCCGACACCACGCCGGCGGCUGCCCCACCCGCUGCGGCUGCUGUCCCUGGCCUCCCGGCCGUGCCUACCAUGCCGACCCUGUCACCGAUGCCGGCUAUGCCAACGGUUCCGGCCGUGACAGUGCCAGCUAUGCCGACGGUGCCUGCGCUGACCGUGCCACAGGUGACACUACCUCCUAUGCCUGAUGUUCCUUCCGUGCCCAAGGUGACCAUGCCUCCGAUGCCCGCCAUCGUCGUGCCCAAGGUGACCAUGGCGCCGAUGCCCGCCAUCGUUGUGCCUAAGGUGACGGUGCCACCGAUGCCCGCUAUUCCUUCCAUGCCCAAGGUGACACUGCCGCCGAUGCCUUCUAUCCCAACCGUCAACGUGCCUAUGCCGUUCCUGGCGCCGCCUCCAUCAGCAUAG